AUGGAUUUGUUAUCUUCACACUUCCACUUCCGCCUCUUUAUCUAUUUAUCUAUCUAUCUCAUUUUCUCUCCUCCGUUCUGCUUUUCUCUUUCCUUCUCUCUACGUUUCUUUCUAUCAUACUCUCCGUAUGCCUCCUUCUCCAUCGUUUUCUACCAUUUCUCUCUCCUCUCCCUCAGGUUUCUUUUUCAACUUUCAUUUCCAACUCUUCUCCAUCCUCCUCCUGCCACUCCUCUUCCUCCCCCUCUCUAUUCAUGUAUUCUUCUCUCUUCUUCUAUUCUUCAACUCUCUCCCAUCCUCCUCUCUCUUUUCCUAUUGCUCCUCCAUCUGUUCUACCUUUCUUACUUCUCUCUUCUUCUAUUGCUUCUUCAUCCCUUCUCCCUCCUCUCUUUCUCUCUCUCUCUCUCUCUCUCUCUCUCUCUCUCUCUCUUUAUUGCUUUCUUUUCUCCUUCGUCCUUUCUCUUCUAUUGCUUAUUCAUCCUCUCUCUCUCUCUCUCUCUCUUUAUAUUCUCUCUUCUUCUGUUGCUUCUUCAACCUUUCUCCCUCCUCUCUCCCUCUCUCUCUCUCUCCUCUCUUAUUGCUUCUUCAUCUUUUCUUCUUAGUCCUUUCUCUUCUAUUGCUUCUUCAUCCUCUCUCUCUAUAUAUAUAUAUAUAUUCUCUCUUCUUUUAUUGCUUCUUCAUCCUUUCUCCCUCAUCUCUCUCUCUCUCUCUCUCUCUCUCUCUCUUCUCUCUCUUAUUGCUGCUUCUUCUUUUUUUCUUAGUCCUUUCUCUUCUAUAGCUUCUUCAUCCUCUCUCUCUCUCUCUCUCUCUCUCUUUAUAUUCUCUCUUCUUCUAUUGCUUCUUCAUCCUUUCUCCCUCCUCUCUCUCUCCUCUGCUAUUGCUUCUUCAUCUUUUCUUCUUAGUCCUUUCUCUCCUAUUGCUUCUUCAUCCUCUCUCUCUCUCUCUCUCUCUCUCUCUCUCUUUAUAUUCUCUCUUCUUCUAUUGCUUCUUCAUCUCUUCUCCGUCCUCUUCUCUCUUCUCUUAUUGCUUCUUCAUCUUUUCGCCUUAGUCCUUUCUUUUCUUCUAUUGCUUCUUCAUCUCCUCUUCCUCCUGCUCAUAUACCUUCUCUACUUCCUCUUUCUUCAUAACACAUCCUCAUAUUCGUCCACCAUCUUUUUCUUCUAUUUUUCUCUUUUCUUUUCUCUCUCUCUCUCUCUCUCUUUCAGUCUCUGUUUUUUCUUCUUCUUCUUCUUCUUCUUCUUCUUCUUCUUCUUCUUCUUCUUCUUUCUCUAUCUUUUCUCUUUCUUCUUAUUUUACUUCCUCACUCUUCCCGCGAUAUUAUCUUCUUUUUCAUUCACUCUUAGUCUUUUUCAUACUAUCACCAUUACUCUGUACCACCCUCUCUUACUUCAUCUCCACUAUAUUUCACUCUCCUUCUUCCUUUACACCCCCCCUCUCUGA